AUGUCCUCUUCCUCUUCCUCUUACGGAACAGCUCAUACGAACACGAACAAACACAACGAACGAGAAGCGUUGUUGUUCGAAUCCAAUCGGGACGACGACGUCCAAAAGACGAAGAAAACAUCAUCUUCGCGCAUCGCGAACGUGUUACUGAACCGAAAGACGCUCGCUUUGGGCGCUUUAGCGUUCGUCUCCGUCGGCGCGUUAACCGCCGUCAAGUCUUCUCGCGGUGGUGGUAGUUCCUCGUUCGCGACGUUAGGCGGAGCGAAAGAUACCUUGUUGCCCCAUUCGUUCAGCGAGCUCGGGAAAAAAGCAUCUUCCGCUCCUUUGGGUUUAAGAAAGAAAAAUUCUUCGAUGGAGAAGGUGGGAUUACUCGGCGCCAUGGACGUCCACGCGUGGCCGGACCCUUUCGAAGAAGUCCAACGAGUCGCGCAGGAAGAGGCGCCGGCGGUUGAAGAAGAAGCGACAAAAGAAGAAGAAGAAGUAAAACAACAACCAGAUUACGAGGAAAUUCAAGCCGCGGAACAACAACAACAACCGGUUGCCGAGGCGGUUGUAGAAGAAGUCCCCACGACAAACGUGAUGGAAACGGCCAACCCGCAGUGGGUGAACACGAACGCGUUGGCAGUGCAGCAACAAGCGAACAUCGCGGCGCAGGUUGGCGCGUCCGGGAUCGUCGCGUCGGCGGUGGCCAUCGAUCCGCAAACGGGGCAGCCGUUUGCCACGCCGGCGGAUGGAGGCGCCUCGUUGUCGCAAAGUUUGAACACGGAUUUAUCGAAACCGCCGGCGAGUUGGCCGGUGGAUAUGGAGAGUGGCGUGCAAUGCAACCCGAUCAUUGGGUGCGUCGCGGGCGUGCCGUAUCCGGGCAUCGGGUGUUGCGAAACCGCGAUGUUGACGCCGGAGGAUGUGGCGCCGACGCAGACGCAACAACAAGUGCCGGUGAACCCGUACCAGUAUCCGAUCGCUGGUGCGGUGACCACGCAACCCGCCGCGGCGCUUCCGUAUCAACAACAACCGCAACAAGUCUAUCAACAACAACAACCAGUACAACAACAACAAGCGCAAGAUCCGUACGCCGCGUACCAGCAACAAUUACAAGCCGCGCCGGGGGCGUACGCCACCGUCGCCGCUGCGGCGACUGGUAGUAUCGCGCAACCAGGGGCGGAAAUCAACCCUGUUGGCGAGAACGGUUUACCGGAGUGUAACGUCGCCGAAGAUUGCGUCGCCGGCGUUCCGAUUCCGGGCAUCGGCUGCUGCAACGAAGCCGAAAAGGCGUUGAUCAUUGCCGACGCGCAAAGUAGACAACAAAUUGACCCGGUGACGGGCGUCCCGUGUAACACGGACGCGAAUUGCGUCGCCGGUGUCCCGAUUCCAGGCAUUGGUUGCUGCGAGUCUGCGCAAGCGAUGGUUGGUUCCCAAGAGCAACAAACGCAAUUCUAUCAGCAACAACAACAAAUUCCGGGCCAAUACAUUGGCGUCCCGCAAGCUGUGGAUCCAUCCACAUUGCCGGCGGCGUUCGCCCCGGGCGUCAACCCGUUCGCAUCGGCCGUUAUCACCGCUGAAAAUGCGCAACCGCAAAUGUUGAACCAAAUUGAUCCGGUUACCGGCCAAGCGUGCAACCCGAACCCGGGCUGCGUCGCCGGCGUCCCGAUCCCGGGCGUUGGGUGCUGCACCGGUACCGCCUCGCGAAUGAUUCCAGGCUCGCCGCUCGUCGACGCUGCGACUGGUUUACCGUUAGUUAAUCAAAAUCCAGUCGAUCCGGCGACGGGAAAACCGCUCUUCAUGAAGGCGUGCGACGCCACGCCUACGUGCGUGGCGGGCGUCCCGACCGCGGGAGUGGACUCGUGCUGUAAACAAGGCGAAUGCGACCCGUCCCCGACUUGCACCGCCGGUGGCUUAGAACCAGGAGUAAACAACUGUUGCCACGUUUGCGAUGGGAACCCGGAAUGCCAAGUUGGCUCUGAGUUCCCGGGCAUCGACACGUGCUGCAAACCGCCGCCCCCGCCGGAUUACGACGGCACGCCGGGUAACUGCGACGCGAACCCGUCCUGCCAACCGGGCGUUCCGGACCUGGGGAAGAACACGUGUUGCCCCGACAACGCGGCCUGCGACACGACGCCUGAGUGCAUCCCAGGUGGUACCGUCCCAGGUGUCGAUACGUGCUGUGCGGACACGUGCUUGGUGAAGCAAAAAGUCCAACAAACAGAGUUGGGCACCAGCGAAGUCGAAACGAAGAAACAAAAUCCAUGGAAAGGCUGUAACCCGGACCCGAAGUGCCUCCCAGGCAUUGACAUCCCAGGCGUGGACAACUGCUGCAAAAACUGCGAACCAGGCGUCCCGACCCCGGGCGUGGACGAUUGCACCGUCGCCCGAAAGCGCAUGUGGGCUCGAUCCAUGCGACGAAACGGCAUGAAAAACGACCAAAUCAACGAAGUCAUCCAAAAAGAAUCUAAACACAUAGAGCAAACGGCCGAGGAGAAGGAACAACAACGACAGCAAAUGAUGUUAGAGUUGAAAAAUCGAAUCAAAGAAGAAAUGGCGAGAAAAGAGGAUCUGUUGAAGACGAAAAAAGCGCAGGCGAGAUCGAGCGCGAGAGCGAGCGCGAGAGCCAGUCGAGGGAGCACCGCCGCCUAA